AAGCAAUCAGUAAUCAUUGAAAGUCAUUAUUUCUUUUGUCUCUCAGUAGUAUCGUCAGUUUUCGUCGAAGGACAAGAAUUAACACAAAAUGCGUCUCGUAAUUUUACAAAAUAGUGCUACCGUUGGAGAAUGGUCGGCAAAAUAUGUUAUGAAGAGAAUCAAUGACUUCAAGCCUGGCCCGGAUAAAUAUUUUGUUCUGGGAUUGCCAACUGGAAGCACUCCAUUGGCAAUGUACAAGAAACUAAUUGAAUUCCACAAAGCAGGAAGAAUUUCAUUUAAAUAUGUUAAAACUUUUAAUAUGGAUGAAUAUGUUGGUUUGCCACGAGACCAUCCAGAGAGCUAUCAUUAUUAUAUGUGGAAUGAAUUUUUUAAGCAUAUUGAUAUCGUUCCCGAGAAUGUUCACAUUCUCGACGGUAAUGCAGAAGACUUAGUUGCUGAAUGCAACCUUUUUGAAGAAAAAAUCAAGGAAGCUGGUGGUAUUGAGCUUUUCAUUGGUGGAAUUGGCCCUGAUGGUCAUAUUGCGUUUAAUGAACCAGGUUCAUCCUUAACAAGCCGUACUCGUGUCAAGACUUUAGCACAAGACACAUUGGAAGCAAAUGCUCGAUUCUUUAACAAUGACAUUUCAAAAGUUCCACAGUCGGCAUUAACUGUUGGUGUUGGGACUGUUAUGGACGCAAAAGAAGUAAUGAUUCUCAUUACCGGAGCACACAAGAGUUUUGCUUUGUAUAAAGCAAUUGAAGAUGGUGUGAAUCAUAUGUGGACUGUUAGUGCAUUUCAGAUGCAUCCAGCAACUCUCUUCAUAUGUGAUGAAGAUGCCACGCUUGAGUUGAGAGUUAAAACUGUGAAAUAUUUUAAGGGACUGAUGGGCGUUCAUUCGAAACUAAUUGAAGGCAUUUAAAGACAAUCAUAUUUACUCAAUGACCUAAAUUUAUGUGUAUUUACUUUAUGACAUUCAUAAUUAUGAGAAACUGAUAGGAAUAAAGAUUAAUAUUUUUAUAUACGGG